AAAAAUGUGUUGCCUAAAUGUAAAAGGUUUCUUUUUUAGAGGGUAUCCUAAGAUCAAACAUUGUGUUAACAAUAAAUUGAACUGAUCCUGGAUCUCUAAACUUGUACCUCGCCACCUGCUCUUGGAUAGUGUUAAUGAAGCCUUCAUAUGUGCUGUUCAAGAUCAUUGUCAUCAGUUUGGGCAAACUGUCCCCUUAUUUGAGUUCCUAGAGAAUGUUUGUGGUAAAGGUAUGAAGAAGAACAUUGAAGCCACCGUGCCAUGGCCUUGACCUUGAACAACAGCUAAAGCUGUUCUCUGCUAACAUCGAUUUUAGGUCUAGCUCUUGAACCUAAAAAUUGACUCCAAAAGAAAUUUUGUGCUACAGCAAGAGGAAACUACAUUUAAAAGGAGUACACUCUAACUAAAUUGUUAUGUUCAUGCUGUCUUUAGGCUUCAUAUUCACACAUACUAGCCUAAGCACACUGUAAAUAUAGGCUAGCAGACUUAUGAACAUAUUACUUGUUUGAAUGGGGCGGAUAUAAAUGCUGUUUGAUGUGAUGACAUGUUGACCACUCAAGCACCUUGCUGUAUAAUUCACGAUUGCCAUGACUUAUUCGUUGUACAAUGCUGAUUAAAGGUUCAAUCAACCUCAGAUUCAGUACAGCCUCGAAGAUAUUUGAUUUUUUGCGUUAAAACCCUGCUUCUUGUAGUCUGAAGAACAGCUAACGCUUCCAUUUUCUCCUGCUGAAGAGCGCAGAACUGUGGAGAAGGGUGUUGUUUUGAGUAGUAAGAAUUACAUUGUAGAUUACAACUAGAACUGAAAUUAUCAGUAGUAAUAAUAUAAAUGACUAAUCAAAAAUCAUUUUCAGCUAGUGCAAACACCAUAAUAGAAGUCAAUAAUACACGAUAUCGACAAAGCAGUUUUGACUAGUAAAAUACAAUUCUCACUAGUAAAAAAAAAACUGUAAUUUUAACUAGUUAAAACUGAAUUACGGAUGCCUUGAAUUCGAGUUCUGAUUAUUAAAAACUGUAUUUACUGUAUUUAAUAAAUGCAUUUUGUAAUAAAAAUUAAAUUGCUACUUGUACUUACACUUGUAGUAUUAAAAGAUAAACCUGCUUUCCUCACCAUGGAACGCGUAGUGCCACUUCUGAGGUGUAUUAUGGUGGGGCGUGAGCACGGGAAAGCUAAGCACACCUCUCCGGUAUAAAUGUGAUCGAAGCUGGUGUUGCACACACUUGUGUCUGCUUCUGAUCGAGAGGCAGGUAAAGGACGCACCUCUCACGCGUCUCUUAACAGAAAAACAGUGGUAGGGCUCGAAAAGCGCCUUUGCAGAGCACCGAGUAUCCCCCUAAAUGAAGCGCUACGUGCUUUUUGCGUUGGUGGCGGUGCUCAGCACUUUCACUCCGCGCAGCCAAUGCAAAGCCAUAGCCAGCUCGAAGGAUGAGCACACUGGCUCUAGACUCACAGAACGGCAGCGACCCGUUCUACCAAUCCUCAUGCAACUGGGAGAAGACUACUUCAUCAGGUUGGAUGACCCAAAGCAGAGUCUGAACAAAGCUUCUGAACACAGCUCUCUGCCACGAGCAGCCACCGUUAACCGGGCGCUCCAGCUGCAGCUCACACAGAGGUUGUUGCAGGAAGAGGUCGAUGAGCUUGGAAACGUUUUAACGGACAGCUUCAUCCAGCUGGCGGACUCGGCUGAGAGGAAGCGUCGGGGCGACGAACCGCCAAUCUCCCUGGAUCUGACAUUUCACCUGCUGCGCGAGGUGCUGGAGAUGGCACGGGCUGAACAAUUAGCUCAACAGGCAAGCAGCAACCGAAAAAUGAUGGAUUUUUUUGGGAAGUAAAAGCAGCACGUUAUUCCCUCAAACU